UUAGAUUCCAUACCUGCAUGGCACAGGGCAGAAACAGCCAUGGGAAGAGAAAAAAGGUACCAAAGAAGAAACUCAGCACGCACGGACGCCGUGACCGAAGAGAGGCAGAGGAGUCUGAGAUCCAACGCUUGGAAGAGCGGAUCCGUGGAGAGUGCAGUGGCAAGAGCGCCAAGAGUGGCAAAAGCAAAGCGGAGAAGAGCGACAGUGCCGGGAAGGGGCCAGCCCUUACUGGAGCGUUGUUCAAGGAUUUGCCAAUCUCCUCGCGAACAGUGCGGGGCCUUGAGGCAUCAAAGUAUGUCAAGAUGACGGAGAUUCAAAGUGGAGCAAUCCCUUUGGCCCUCGCUGGUCGAGAUAUUCUGGGUGAAGCACGGACAGGAUCCGGUAAGACUUUGGCCUUUCUGAUCCCGGUAGUGGAGAAACUCUACAGGAAUCGCUGGAGCAGCAUGGAUGGUUUAGGUGCUGCCAUUGUCUCCCCUACCAGGGAGCUGGCGUAUCAGAUCUUCCAAGUCCUUUCAAAUGUUGGGCAGGAACAUGAGAUUUCUGCUGGCUGCAUUGUUGGUGGCCGCUCUUUAGAGGAGGAGCAGAAAGCCGUGUCGACGAUGAGUGUGCUGGUAGCCACACCUGGAAGGCUGCUGCAGCACUUGGAUGAAUCGCCCGGCUUUGAUGCUUCCUCGCUGUUGAUGCUGGUGAUUGAUGAAGCAGACCGAAUCUUGGACUUCGGUUUCCAGGAAACAAUGCACAACAUCCUGCAACAUCUGCCCGCCGAGCGGCAGACGUUGCUCUUUUCUGCCACGCUCCAUGGCAGUGUUCAUCGCCUGGGGCGGGCAGCCCUGCGUUCCCCGGAGGUGAUCUCUGUGCACCAUGAUGCGAAAAGCCGAACACCAGAGACCUUGAAGCAGACCUACAUGAUUAUGCCCUUGGAAAAGAAGGUGGACACUCUCUUUUCUUUCCUGCGUUCUCACUCGCAGAAGAAGGUCAUUGUCUUCGUAUCUACCUGCAAACAAGUGCGGUUCUUCUACGAGGCUUUCUACAGGUUAAAGCCUGGCCCAGCAGUAAUGGAGCUGCAUGGGAGACAAAGUCUUACAAAGCGCAUGCUCGUCUUCCAACAGUUUAUGGACAGAGAGCGUGCAGUCGCAUUGUUCUGUACGGACAUCGCAGCACGUGGUGUUGAUUUUCCAGCUGUGGAUUGGGUGGUCCAGGUGGAUUGUCCCGACUCGGUGGACUCAUAUAUCCACCGCGUGGGCCGCACGGCCAGAUAUGAAAGCAGUGGCAAAUCAGCCUUGUUCCUCUUGCCCUCGGAGCAGAACUUUGCGCAGAAACUCUCCAAGGCCCGAGUGGAAGUUCGAGCCAUCACUGCGAAGCAUAACAAAGUCUUUUCCAUUCAGCCGCAGUUGGCUUCCUUGCUGGCCGGGUCGGGUGAUAUCCGACACUUGGCACAGCGAGCUUUUGCGUCCUAUAUGCGUUCCGUCAAACUGAUGAAAGAGAAGGAUAUCUUCGAUGUCCAGGCGUUGUCCAAGGAAGCCUUUGCGGAAUCCUUGGGCUUGGCAGAUGUUCCAGUGGGAGCUGAUUGGGAGGGGGAUGAAGACCUGGAGAAGAACAAGAUGAAGAAGAAAAAGAACCAAUCUGCACUGCAAAGGCUCAAAGAAAAGAUUCGAGCCAAGAAGCAGGGCAGAGACAAAGACGCAGCCAAAAGAGAGGAGGACGAGGAAGAGGAGCGAGAACUCUCCCAGAGAGAUGGUGCCAGAAAGAAGCUGGGGAAAUGGGAACGGCGCCAGCGUCGCAUCGCAGCUGCUGGCAAGGCAGCUGAGGGCGUGGAUGCUCCUGCCAAAGAGGAGGAUGACUUCUUGCAGCCAGUGGCAAACCCUCAAGAACUUCCUCCAGCGAAUCCCUUGCCCAGCGGCAACAAAAAGUUGAAGCUGCGCAAAGAUGGUUCUGCUCUUCAGGCUUCUGGCCAACACGUAUUCUUCAGCAAAGAUGGCAGCAAAAAGACCUCUGAGCUGGCACAGCUCGCUGAAGAGCUUCGAAGUGAGCAGUUCGAUCCAAAAGGUGGCAACCGAGCCAGCUUUCUGGAGCAGGUGGCUCGCGACUUGGCCACCAGGGACUCCUCGGAUGCGGCCGUGAGUCGGGCGCGCAUCCACGAGAAGCAUCAGAAGAAGCGGCGGAAGGAGCGGACGCAGCGAGGUGCCAAGUUGGAAGACGGCGAAGAUCCGCCAUCAAGAUCACCAUCACCGCCAAAGAAGAGAGCGCGAGAAGCACCCGAAGAAACAGCUCCGAUGAAGGUUUCAAAGCCGGUCUCAAAGCCAGUGGAUUUCGGGGAUGACCUUGGAGAUCUGGAAAAACAGGCCUUGAGCAAGUUGGGGGGCCUCUUCUCGUGAGCUGUGGUGCAUUUCACUGAAAUCGGUGAAAUCGUUGAUUUCAGACCGAAGAUCCGUUGAACAAAGA